AUGUUACUUAGCGCAACGGAGGCAAGGCACCAGGAGGAACUCAAUAAGGUUCGCAUUGAGGUGAAACUCGAGUUCCUUGAUAAAUGUGAAGGUCUUUUUUACAUGUACCAUGAGAAGAAGAUGAAAGAGUUCGAGCUGGUCCUUGCCGAAGCCAAGCUUCAAGAUGUUCAGGUUACUACUAUCGAUUGGUCCAAAUUGGGUGAGCCAAUGAUGUAUGACUAA